AUGGAUGCCCAAGACAAAAUGGCAUCAGGCUUCAGGGUUGAGGCCUUAGAGGAUAAUGGGGAUAUCACGCGAGUGGAGCCCACGUCAAUGCAAGACAUGAUUUACCAACAAUCAGAAUUAAUCACCUCCCUGCAGGACAAGCUGGAGGAUCUGGAGAACAGGGCAACAGACUUGCAAAAAGAGAGAGAAUUGUCCAAGGAUACUCAACAGAAGGCAAUCUGUCUAUUGUCCAAGGAUACUCAACAGAAGGCGAUCUGUCUAUUGUCCAAGGAUACUCAACAGAAGGCGAUCUGUCUAUUGUCCAAGGAUACUCAACAGAAGGCGAUCUGUCUAUUGUCCAAGGAUACUCAACAGAAGGCAAUCUGUCUAUUGUCCAAGGAUACUCAACAGAAGGCGAUCUGUCUAUUGUCCAAGGAUACUCAACAGAAGGCAAUCUGUCUAUUGUCCAAGGAUACUCAACAGAAGGCAAUCUGUCUAUUGUCCAAGGAUACUCAACAGAAGGCAAUCUGUCUAUUGUCCAAGGAUACUCAACAGAAGGCGAUCUGUCUAUUGUCCAAGGAUACUCAACAGAAGGCGAUCUGUCUAUUGUCCAAGGAUACUCAACAGAAAGUGAUCUGUCUAUUGACCAAGGAUACUCAACAGAAGGAGAAAUAUUGCAACAUAAAAUAUAUUAUUUAUAUGCUGCCAUUUUACAACGGACCAUGA